CUUCAGGAUGUUACAGACCUUUACAUAUAUCACGGUCGAGAGUAUAAACACAGCGGUUGUUUUAGUUUUUCAAACAGUCAUUAAAAAGGCUUCUCGGACCGUUUCAACGCCGGAUUGAUCGCCAGAAUGCUUCGUCUUCUACUGCCAUACGUCGUUGUAAUAGUUCUGUUCGCCGGACUCACUCACGGGGGAGGUAAUAAACAACGGGAAGGACUUGGGCGCAGACGUAGGCCCACAACUGUUCUGCCAACAGUACCAACAGUGCCGCCAAUUGAUGUGUGCCCUGGUCGGUCCCCGUGUCUACCACAACCGUCCAUCGACUGUGUGACGACUUACCAGUACGAUAAAGUGAAUGGCACUGGAUGUCUGUCCGGCUGCACGCACUGGUGUUGCUCCACCGUGGAGGCACUUCUUCCCACGUGUCCCAAGACGAGCCCGGACGACGCGUACUGUGUGGCCACUAAUAUCGUCAGCUACACCAUUCGAGGGCGCGAAUGCCCUGUGUACUGUGGAUGCGUUCCGGACUGUUUGAGAUUAACAUGCUGAACGGAAACAAAUGACAAAAUUUUUAGACCAACAAACGAUUAGUUGUUUUAGUUUAU